AUGGACUGGGCGCAACGGUGGUUACUCACCUUCUUAGGGAGCAUGGUCGCUGCCGUGUACUGGUUGUUGGCAGCGAGAGCUAGAUCUGCUGCGAAAUCGCGACGACAGUCCCAGGUAGCGCAGGACCAUCGCCCUGAUCAUUCGGUGCCAGAGAGGACAAAGACGCGCGACGCAGCCGAUGAUGCUGAGGUCGACAUCGUUGCCGUACAUGGCCUUGGUUCGGACGCGGACUGGUCUUGGAUAUGCAAGGACGGCGAAAAGCAUAUCAACUGGCUUCGGGACCCUGACAUGCUGCCAGCGCAGGUGCCGAAGGCCAGGAUUAUAGUGUAUCGCUACGAGACGACCUGGCACGUAGACGCACCAAAGACGCGCCUCCAGCUCUGCGGAGAAGAGCUCGUCCACAGCCUACACGCAUUCCGCGCCGGUCGCCCGAGCCGGCCGCUUGUCUUCGUCGGCCAUAGUCUAGGUGGAAAUGUUAUUGUGCAGGCCUUUCUGUACGCCAGCGACGACAGCAGAUACGAGUCACUGCUGAAGACGACCGUUGGUCUUGUGUUCCUAGGGACGCCGUUUCGUGGCUCGAAGUGGCAACCUCUCGCCAAUGCUCUUGCGCAGCUGAUGGGGCCGGCAGGCUCCCAUAGUGGCAUUACGAGGGAGCUAGGUUUCGACGAGCCGGCGCUCCGAGACAGGGUACAUCGCUUCUGCAAGUUGCUCAACAAGCUGUCGACGGCCGUCGCGUGUUUCAGCGAGCUCCACGAAACGGACUAUGGGCGGCGGCUGGGGAUUGUUGGGGUGGCCAAAGGAAUGGUCGUCGACGAAACAUCGGCUUGCAUUCCAGGCCUCGACAGGUAUGCACUCGACAAAGAUCACCUGAAGAUCAACAAGUAUUACGGCCCAACCGACCCUGCUUUCGAAAGGGUGUCCAAUGUGAUCUCCAAGAUGUGCCGCCGAGCGAAUGACGUCGUUCGCCGCCGGUUCGAGAGAAGGGAAAUCAUUACUGACAAUCAUGCCGCACUAAAGUACAGCCCACAAGCUGAAGCAUGUCUUCAUGAUCUAUUCGUCACCGACCCGCUCGAGGACAAGAAGGCUCUAAAACGCAAGAAGGGUGACCGCGCUGCUGGCACCUGCGAGUGGAUACUUGGCACGGACGAUCUGACUGCUUGGCUUGGGCCGAGUCACAAUGAGAACUCUGAGAUUCACGCAACCCAAGUUCUGUGGCUGCACGGCAACCCGGGAACGGGUAAGUCUACGCUGGCGAUAUAUCUCACCGACGUGCUGUCCACUGGCUUCUCUGCCACGGACGGAAACACAAUGGCAUAUUUUUUCUGUGACUCCGCUUUCGAUACGCGGAGGACGGCCACGUCUGUCGUCAGAGGCCUUCUUCUACAACUCAUCCAGCAGCACCCGUCGCUUCUCAGCUACGUCUUGCCAAAGUAUAAUGAGCGAAAGGCAAAGCUAUUCGAAUCCUUCGACGCUCUUUGGACAAUUUUUAUAUCAGCGGCGGCGGACCGCAACACCGGCCGAAAAUACUGCAUCAUUGAUGCAUUAGACGAGUGCGAUGAUGAGUCGCAAAGGACGCUGCUCCGACAGUUGCAGGAGACCUUUCAUAGUUCCGAUGCCCCGCCAAAUGUCCGAAUUCUGGUCACCAGUCGGCCGUAUCCAGAGAUCCGCAAACACUUGGAUAUUUUCACACAUAAGGACCUGGCUUCCUUUCCUGACAUCAAGCAGGAUAUUGAUCGAUGUAUCAAGGAAAGGGUGGCACAGCUUAAGUACACGGAGAAAAUUAAAGGACGAGUUACUGAAAUUCUUAGAGAUAAAGCUGAAGGGACAUUUCUGUGGGUCGGCAUAGCCUGCACCGAGCUCGAAGAUACCCCCUCGAAGGACGCGAUCUCAUGCUUAGAGGCAAUGCCUAGUGGCCUUCAUGCUCUCUAUGAGAAGCUUUUCAGCGCAGCCCUUGAAAAGGAAAGGGAGAAAGGCACGAUUCGACUCGUCCUCGGUUUUGUUGCUGUUUCUCAGCGGCCUUUGACCCUGUUGGAGCUCUCUGAGGCCUGUCGAUUGCGUCAAGACGAAGAUGACAUAGAGACCCGUACCCAGUUCAUGCGUGAAUACAUCGAGUCCUGCCGUCUCAUGGUCGUUAUUCAGGACGAAAAAGUCCUCUUACUGCACCAAUCCGUGAAGGAUUAUUUGGUCAAGCUUGGUGAAAAGGCUCGUUUCAGUGAGUUUCAAGCUCAGGCUGACCUUGCGUAUCGCUGUCUCGAUCACCUAAUCCAGCGGUUUCGUACUACAAAGAACACUCUAAAUUCGUCGUCUUAG